AGUAAAGAGGGCCAGUCGUUACACAGCUGUGUCAGGUCAGGUGGAUGGAACAUGUUAUGAGCUCCAGCCUCAUCGUUACGCAAAGAUUUUGUUGGGAUUCGCCGUUGAGGCUGUGCAGGACUGCAUCUCCAAGUCAAGUUAAACUCAAUAACACCGGAAACCGUACCAUUUCGCAAAUGAAUGCGUCGUAAUUUCUCGACCAACUGGGAGACCUGCAUGGAUCAACGUAAGCUCUUUAUUUUGAAGGAUUAAACUACAAUAUCUGCUCGUCAUUCACGUGUGCUUGACAGAACCGUGAACGCUGGGUAGUUCGGGACGAUUGGAGAGCUCAGAGUACAACGCGCUCCCACGCUCAGAAGUUUGCAGGGACCUUUAAUUGUGUUGAAGUUGAGUCGAAUGUUUAUUUUUCCUCCUAUUUCCAAUUAGCGUACAUUCUUAUUUUUCUUUUUUUCUCUUCUAUCAAGCUUCACCCCCCCCCCCCCCUGUCAAACUCACAACGAUACCUCAGUGACUAGCAGUCGGCUGGUUGACCGGGGUCUGCUGCUGUCAAACUUUCGUUGACAUGGAUUUGUUGCACCGACGACGGAUGGAGUGAGAAGUUCUGAGUUUCCAUCAGCUAGCCAAGGCAAAACAGACUCGUUGCAGCUCCUUUUUUUGGAACAAGUCGUCUGUAAGUUAUUGAACUGAAGACAUGCAAAAGUUCAACACCACCGGUACCAACAGCAGCACGCUGCCCCGGGACGCAGAGCUCCAGCUGCGGUUAGCUGACAGCGGAGGGGCCGGGGAAGGGAAAGAGAACGGUGCUGGGAAACAUUUCCUCGGCCAACCUGGGGAGGAAAAAGUGCUUUGCACCAAGAGGAGGAUGCUCGUCGGUUUGGAUUUAAUAUGUCUUUGUGUCGCCUCCAUCCCAUUCUUUGCAUGUGAGCUGAAGGCGGUGGCUCCGUACAGGCGAGGCUUCUUCUGCGGAGACUCCAGCAUCACUUAUCCCUACGUGGAGAGAGAGGCCAUCCCUGACAGCCUGCUCAUUGCUGGGGGUAUAAUCAUCACUGGCCUAACGAUCGCUCUGGGUGAAUGCUACCGCGUGCGCUUUCGAGGUGUCUACUCCAGAGCGUUUGUUCGAAACUGCUAUGUGUCCUGCCUGUACAAGGAGCUGGGGAGCUUUAUGUUUGGUUGCUGCGUGGGUAUGUCUCUCACCAACAUGGCCAAGCUGAGUGUGGGGCGCCUGCGGCCCAACUUCCUGUCCGUCUGUAACAUCACAUAUGCGUCCAUAAACUGCACUCCCGGCAGCUACGUGUCGCAGGUCGACUGCAGGCAGCCGCAUUUUAAGAUGGUGGAGGAAGCGAGGAAGUCUUUUUUUUCCGGCCAUGCUUCCUUCGCAAUGUACACCAUGCUCUACCUGGCAUUCUACCUGCAGGCACGGUUGACAUGGCGAGGAGCUCGGUUGUUGCGUCCACUUUUACAGUUCCUCUUAGUGAUGAUCGCCAUCUACACCGGCCUGAGCCGCAUCUCGGACUACCGUCACCACCCCACUGACGUCCUCACGGGAUUCAUUCAGGGAGGGCUCACUGCAUACUGGGUGGCCUUUUACAUCUCCUCCAUGUUUAAGCCCUGCACCCGUCCAGACCUGUCUCCCACUAGCAUUUCCCUGGAGAGUCCACUGUCCAGCCAGCAAACGGUCUGUUAGCAGGCACGCGCAAUCAUUCCAGGAAUCAGAAGAUAAGUGAAGAUGGACUGAAGGAAGACAGGGAGAAUGUCAGAAAGCACACAUGAGGAGACAGAAAAAGAGAAAGGGAAUCAAUCUAAGAGAAGGAUACGAUUAAAGAGUACAAUCUAACACAAGCAGACACUCAUUAUACAUUAAUCUAACAUGUUCACACACUCACACAUGUGAAAUAUAAGAAGCACACUUGACUUAAAGUCAAAGCCGUCCAGUGAAAAGAACUGCAUAGAAAUACUACAGAUAUUUUUUUAUAUAUGAAAAAAAAAAUUUAAAAGUCUAUUUUUCAAGAGGAUUUUUAGAAGCUGCUAAUGUUGAUAGUUUCCAGUUUGAACUUGUUUUUUUUUUGUGAUAGAGGCUUUUGGUCAGUGCAUUUUGUUAGCUGUACUGCUAACUCUUUUGCCUUGGGUGAGGGAGGAGAAAACGCCAGCCUCUUCCUUGUUUUUGACCCUCUGCUCAGCUUGGAGAAAAAAAAAUCCCCCAGCAGCUGUGAACUGAGACCAUCAGACCUCAGAUGUAAAAACAGCUCUGUACCAAGUGACAGAACUGGAAGUGAUAAGGAACAAGCACUGGCUUCAACUUCUAACCGUCUUUACCUUUUGGUGGCCCUACGCGCCACUGCUCUAAUCAGACUGCCUAAAUCAAUGUAACUUAACUAUAACCUGUAUGCAAGCAGAACAAAAACAGUGUUUGUACUGUUUUACAACGUUAACUUUCUUUAUGUGUGUAACCAUGGUAGUGACGUGGAGGACUAACCUUCCACCUCACUAUCACUUUUCUGUACUAACCACUUUGACUGUGUCUCAGAGAUGGAGGUUCGACUGAAUUUUGUAACCUUAAACUUUUGCCCCCUGACUCUCUGAGCUGCACCUUGAUUUAUGCCACUCUGACGGGAGGGGCUGCAACCCCAGCCGCCCUCCUGUGUAUCUUUAUUAAUAGCACUUGAACGUACAUAAUGGAACCUUCUAAUUGUAAUCAAUAUUAUAUAUUUUAUCACAAGUUUGAAUAAUCAGUGUUUAUUUUUGUUAAUGGCAGACUCAAACUGUUGUUUGUCUUCUUUUGUUGUUGUUGAAAUGGUAAUUAUUCAAAUAGAAUGUAAAUAGCUACGUCAUUUUAUAAACCACACAGAAUUUCAAAAGUAUUAGUUCCAGUUUUGGACAGUUUUUACAUGUUUAUUAAGUGUUUGUAUUUACGUUUGUGUCCAUCAGGUACGGAGAGUUACUAUUGUAUCUGUUGUAACUACUAGACUGAGCCGCAGAUAUUAUCAGAAAGCUAUAUUUUUCAUGUUCCCAGUUAUUGUUAUAAUUUGUUCGUGUCGUCUGUGAAUGCCAGAAAAGGCAGAAAUAACCACUGUACUCAAAAAACCAAACCAAUAAAAUGAAUGUUGAAUAUU